GUGUUUCUCUUCCUCUUUCCUUUCUUCUUGGGUUAUUGGUGAGGGGUGGGAGGCUAAGAAACCAACGAGGUUUUACGUGAGGAAGGGGACGAAUGGGUUGCUGCAUGCGCCCACGAGGCCCUUGGGUGUUGGAGAGCGAAGGUGACUGGUGGUGUAGUUGCUAUGGCGCAGUCUGCAUGCAGGCUAUGUGUGGGCAACAACUAUGUGAGCCAAUUUGUGAGAUUGGAAGGGAGAUUGAGGAACUUUGGGAAACACUUGCAUUACCGGAAGAGGUCAAGGGGAUCAUCAAAGCCCCAGGUGUGUUGGAGAUGAAAGAAGGAAUGAAAGAAGGAAUGCCAGGAGAGGAUGUCGCAACAAAAAUCAAGGAGAGGAUGUCGCAACAAAAAUCAAGGAAGAUGUGGCUAAAAGAAGGAGAUGCGAAUACAAGAUUCUUUCACAAUUGCAUCCAAGGAAGGUGGAGAAGAAGUGAAAUUAAUUCUGUACAGAUAGAUGGUGAACAAUCCAUGGGAGUGGAGAAAAUUAAAGAAGAGGUGGCCAGAUAUUUCCAAACAUUGUUUACAGAAGAAAGAUGGAAGAGACCGAAGCUUGAUGGGGUUAACUUCAAGCAAGUAUCUCAAGCGGACAAUGAGCUUCUCACGAGAGUUUUUUCAGAGGAGGAAGUGAAGGAAGCAGUAUGGGAUUGUGAUUCGUCCAAAUCUUCAGGCCCAGAUGGAUUCAAUUUCAGAUUCAUUAAAGAGAUGUGGGAAGAUAUAAAGAAGGAGGUAGUUGCUUUCAUUCAGGAGUUUCAUAAACAUGGUAGAAUUGUCCGUGGAGCCAAUGCAUCCUUCUUAGUGCUGAUCCCAAAGACCGAAAACCCCCAGAGAAUCGAAGAGUAUAGACCCAUUUCUCUCAUAGGGGUUAUGUACAAGAUUUUAGCAAAGUUGUUAGCAAACAGGCUGCGAAAGGUGUUACCCAAAGUCAUCGGGGAGCAGCAGAUGGCGUUUAUUGGGGGUAGACAAUUAGUGGAUGGGGUUAUCAUUGCAAAUGAAGUCAUUGAUGGAGUCAAAAGGAAGAGGAAGAAUUGCUUCAUUUUUAAGGUAGAUUUUGAGAAGGCCUACGACAAAGUAUGCUGGGAAUUUUUGGAUUACAUGAUGAUGAGGCUGGGAUUUAAUGAAACAUGGAGGAAAUGGAUAAUGGAGUGCCUAAGAUCAAGCUCAGUUUCUGUUCUAAUUAAUGGUAGUCCAACAUGUCAAUUCUCGGUUAGCAAAGGCAUACGUCAAGGCGACCCGCUAUCACCAUUUCUGUUCUUGAUAGUGGCAGAAGGUUUGAAUGGCUUAAUGGCCUCGGCAGUAGAUAAAGGAACAUAUAAAGGAGUGAGGGUAGGGAACGAAGGUGUCAUGGUAUCUCAUUUGCAGUUCGCGGACGACACAGUUUUCUUUGGGGAGGCAUCGGAAGAUAACAUAAGCGCGGUGAAGGCUAUUAUGAGGACCUUCGAGCUGGCUUCAGGACUAAAGAUCAAUUUCGGAAAAAGCCAUUUAAUGGGGGUGGGAGUAGAGGAGAGAUGGCUAACAGAGAUGGCAUAUAGGUUGCAUUGUAAAGAAGAGGAACUUCCUUUUAAAUACUUGGGAAUCCCAGUAGGGGGGAACAACAGAAGGAAAUCAAUGUGGCAAUCAAUGGUACAAUCUGUUGAGAAGAAAUUAGCUAGCUGGAAGGGCCGUUUCCUUUCUAUGGGUGGUCGUAUCACGCUCAUCAACUCAGUGUUGUCUUCUUUGCCCGUGUUCCUAAUGUCAGCCUACUUAAUCCCUAAAGGAUGGCUGUCGGAGGGAUUUAGAAUGAAUAUUGGGGAUGGAAAAUCAGCCAGCUUUUGGUGGGAUAGCUGGGGGAGGGAGGGUUGCCUUGCUAACAAAUUCCCUAGGCUGUAUCUUCUGUCAACAGGGAAGGAGAACUCAUGCAAUCAAAUGGGCAGCAUAAGGAGUGGAUCGUGGGAAUGGAAGUUAACUUGGAGAAGAAAUCUAUUCGAAUGGGAAGCGGGAGAGGUCGCGGAUCUCGAAAGGAUGAUAGAGGGUGUAAAGGUUAAUCCUGGCUGGCCCGACAAAUGGGAAUGGAUUCACGACAAGGAGGGACACUACUCAACAAAAUCAGCAUACCACAUAUUAGCAUCGGAUCAAAGCGGGCCAUGUGGGCAUUCAAUAUUCAAAAGAGUAUGGAAUCCAAGUCUCCCGACCAAAGUUUCGGCAUUCAAUUGGCAACUAGUGUUAGAUAGAAUACCAACCAAGGUGAACUUGCUGAAAAGGGGGGUUAUUAAAGACAUGGAGGAGAGCAAGUGCGUUGUAUGUGAAGAACAUGAGGAGGAUGCAGCCCACUUAUUCCUAAGGUGCAGGAUGACCCAAUGGCUGUGGGAGGCAUGUGCCAAAUGGUGGGGGGCAGAGGUAAAACUUGACAUCGAUUGCUUGAAGACAUUUGAAAAUUUUGGAGAAUGGAGUAAAGGAACACGGACAAGACAAGGAUGGGAUUGCAUAUGGAGUACGGUGGUGUGGACAGUGUGGCUUGCUCGCAAUCAGAAAUUAUUCCAGCACAAAGAGAUAAAUGCGGGGAAGCUGUUUGAGUUAAUUCAACUAAGGUCUUUCAUAUGGAUUAGAGCAAGAAAUGACAGGUAUGCCUUCACGUUAACGGACUGGUUCAUUAAUCCAAUAGCAUGCUUGAAAGACUGCCGCAGGAAAAGAAGGGUACCAAAUGAAUUAGAAGUAGGACAAGAGGGUAGUUGAUUUCUGGGAGGUCUUGUCUACGAUUUUUGCUUCUAAGGGUUGAAUUGCUGUGUCAUGGGGGCUCACAAAGGGUUUAUUGAGCAAUUAUUGACUGUAGUAGUUUCAGCUAUAGUCAAUACAUGAUCAAUGCCUCGUAGGUUUGUUGGGGUGUUCCGGGUGAGGGGUGUUCCGGGUGAGGGGUGUUGAUCUGAACAGGGUGAUAUGAUGUAUUGGCAAAAGAGGCCAGAAUCCUCGUUACGGACAUAGUGUCGACACUUUAUUUGGGUGUCGACACCUUGUAUUAAGUUUUGUUUUCUCAGAUUUGGAGUACUCCUUGUAUUCUGUUUAAUAAUAAAUAACAUUUUCGCUG